AUGAAAUACCUGCGUUUAGUCUUCAAACAAUGCUAGAGAAGCACAUUGGACCAAUUCCUCGAGCUAAUACACUGAUGAAGAAAACAGCGACAUCUAAUAACAGUUAUAUCAGAGAAACAAACGCUAACUUUACAGGACUGCAUCGAAAGAUCCGUGUGCUUUGUUUUGUACUUACAACACAUGUAAGCUUGACACUGAAGGCUGAACAUGUUAGACGAACAUGGGGACAUAAGUGCAACAAACUUUUAUUCUUCAGUUCUAAAACAGACGAUACAUUUCCUGCAAUAGGACUUGACACAGAGGAAGGCUAUCUAAAAUUAAGUGGAAAAACAUUGCACGCAUUAACUUACAUAUUUCAAAAUCAUUUCAACGACGCCGAGUGGUUUUUAAAAGCAGAUGAUGAUACUUUCGUAAUUUUAGAAAAUCUUAGAUACUUCUUAUCGGACAAAGACCCAAACACACCAGUCUUCUUUGGCCACCGUUUUAAAACCAUAUUAAAACAAGGUUUUACAAGCGGAGGUGCGGGUUAUGUAUUAAGUAAAGAAGCGUUAAGUUUGUACGGUAAAUAUGGCCAAGAUCCUAAAUUGUGCAAUACAAGUUAUGCAGCUGAAGAUGUUGAUUUCGGUGCUUGCAUGCAAAGCAUUGGUGUUCGUCUUGGGAAUUCAACUGAUAAGUAUGGUCGAAGUAGAUUUCACUGCUUUCAUCCAGAAGCUCACGUGAUUGGCCAGUACCCGUCAUGGUAUAAACCAUAUGACGCUAAUGGAGCUAAAAUGGGAGAAGAAUCAAUGAGUGACUAUGCAGUAUCAUUCCACUAUGUCCCUCCCCAGGACAUGUACCUGUUCCAUUAUCUUAUAUAUCAUCUACAUCCUCAUGGAAUAGUUUAUAAUGAUAAAUAAGACCAUAUACUUCAAGUAACAUGUCGGCAGUAAUCUCAGGAUUGCAAAAGUAAUGUAAGGAUUGCAAUAGUAAUCUAAGGAUUGUUACAGUAAUUUAAUGAUUGUAAAAGUAAUGUAAGGAUUGCACUAGUAAUAGUAUACUACGGAUUGCAAUAGUAAUCUAAUGAUUGCAGUAGUAAUCUACGGAUUGCAAUAGUAAUCUAAGGAAUGCAGUAGU